UCCCGGCGGGAUGCGGGGCGCUCGCAAGCGGCUGUGCUCUGCCUUGGUAGCCGCUUACGUCCUCUUCUCACUCUACGCGGCCUACACCGUCUUCCUCCGGCCCCGGCGCCCGGCCGCUCCCCGUCCGGCGCACCGGGAUCACCGCGGCCCGCGAGAUCAUGUUGCCUUGGGAAAUGAAGAGUGGAAUCCAUGGGAAGGGGAUGAGAAGAAUGAGCUGGUUGCUUCUCAGCAGAGAUACGAAGCUAAUCUUAAGAUGAUAAAAAAUGCAAGAUCUCACCUAGAACAAAUAAGCCUUAGAGUACAGAUCUGGGGCAAAGCAGCAAUUGGUCUUUACCUGUGGCAGCAUAUUUUUGGAGGGCACCUUGAGCCAGCUGAGGUGACUGCACAAUGGAGAGAAGGAAGCCAAAAAGCAGGAAAAACAUAUUUCAGCUUCAUCACUGGUCCAUCUGUAGUUCCUGGCUACUUCUCAGUUGAAGCUGAAAACGUGGUGCUAGUUCUGAAUGGAAGAGAAAAAGCAAAGAUCACUUACGCCACUCAGUGGUUGCAUUACGCACGAACGUUAAUUCAGACUCACAAACUACAGCAUGUAGCAGUUGUGCUGCUUGGAAGUGAGCAGUGCAACAAUGAAUGGAUUCAACCAUAUCUGAAAAGAAAUGGAGGAUUUGUAAAUCUACUCUUCAUUACAUACGACUAUGCAUUGGUAAAUGAAGAAGAUAUUUUCCAGUGGCCUUUAGGAGUAGCUACCUACAGAAAUUUUCCAGUUGUAGAACCCAGCUGGUCAAUGGUACAUGAUCCAAGAUCUUACUUAUGUAAUUUCUUAGGAACAGUUUAUAAGAACUCUUCUAGGGAAACGCUAAUGGAAGUUCUGCAGCAGGAUGGGCUUGACAAACUUUGCUGGAUUGCAGCCAGAGAACAGUGGCAGCCUCAAGAAACAAAUGAAAGUUUCAAAGACUAUCAAGAUGCCCUGCUGCAGAGUGAUUUGACAUUGUGCCCAGUGGGAAUAAAUACAGAAUGCUAUAGAAUUUAUGAAGCUUGUUCAUAUGGAUCUCUGCCUGUUAUAGAAGAUGUAAUGACACCAGGUGAUUGCGGAAACUCAUCAAUGUACCACAGUGCUCCGUUACAAUUAUUAAAGACCAUGGGGGCUCCAUUUAUCUUUAUUAAAAACUGGAAAGAGCUUCCUGCUGUUCUAGAGAACGAAAAAAAAAUGAGCUUACAAGAUAAAAUUCAAAGGAGAAAAAAGCUUUUAGAAUGGUAUCGCAACUUCAAAGCAUGGAUGAGACAGAAAUUCAUCAAUAGUCUGGAAAAUUCAUUUUUGUCCACUGAUAAAGGGUAAAUUGUCCCUUUUGAAAAUCUAGACAGGGUGGAUGCAUUCCUUUUGAAGUCAACAGACUUGCACUAGCUUGGCCAGGAGCAACGUUUGGUUCUCCAUCCUUAAUGAUGUCCGGAGAGGUUGUUGACUUAGCAGGAUCAUGGUCUGUAAGGAUGUCAACAGUUUUAUUACUAGUUUCACAGUUUCUGUGUUGCUGUGUAACCUGAUAAUUUUUUUUUUUUAAGAGAAUAUCUUUUGAGCAUGUGAAGUUGUUAAAAUCCAACAUGCGAACAACACUUGUGCUCAAAGAAAAGGAAGGGAAAAGCUGUAUUGUACAGGGUAAUUUAUUAUGUAGACUGAAGAAGAAAAGUAUGAUUGUAGCAAAAUUGCCAGGUUUAGCACAGUCAUUAAGAUAUAGCCUGGUAAGGUGCUUGUUUUGAAAAUGUGAACUGUUUACUUGAUUGACAUUUCAUUUCCAAGAAGGUGGCCAUAAAGCUAAUGAAACACUG